UGACGUUUCUCAGUUCAAAUCAAAACAAGACAGUGCGCUGCGAAGUGCCGAUUCGUAAAAUCCCUGCAUAAGAAAAACCAAAAAAUGUACGGCGGCAAGACACCCCUGGAACUGCUGUCGGGAUCCCAACCCAAGUCGUGGCUGCACGACAAGUGGGCUCCCACCGCCGGAGGAGUGCUUGGUUUUCUCGGUGCUUGCUACGUUAACUGGGGUUCCGGACGACCACUGUUCAGCGGUAUCCAGAAGCACGUCGUUGCUGCUAUCGGUGUCGGAGCGCUGGCACUGACGGUGGAUAAGUGGAGGACUGUGUACCUUGCCGAGAAGGACGCUACCCUGCGUCACUACAUAGAACUGCACCCGGAAGAUUUCCCAACUCCAGAACGCAAAAAGUACGCCGACGUUUUCGAGCCCUGGCAGCCAAUUCGCUAGUCGACCGGAUUUCAAAUCGAUGUUUCGGCCGCAAAAAUACCUACUCAAAAUCUAGCCUUUUAGUUUCAGUUCCAAAUACCGCUUCUACCAUCUCAAACAGCGGAUGUGAAUAAAAAAAAAAACGUAACAUGAUUGUAAAAAUGGUCAAUCGAA